AAUCAAAUCCAAACUACCAUCAAUAUUUUCGUUUGGUAGGGGGGAUAAAAAUAAGGGCUCCGUGUCAUUGGGCAAAGCUUUGAUGACUCUUUCACCGAUUCCAAGCCACAAGGGAAAAGUGGAAACUGAAAAGUGCAAAAAAAAAACAUAAAAACAAAAUAGUAAAACAGUAAAACAGUAAAAAGUGGAGAUCCGGAGAUCAACCCGAAGCGGACCUGCUGUAAUUAUAUAGGAGCGGAGAGGGGUCAGUCCCUUCAAACCCUAGCGAAAAAACCAUCCCUUUCCUAUCUCUUUUCUCUCUCUGAAGCCCCGUCCAUGGCUUCACGCAGAAUCGUAUCGUCGCUUCUCCGAUCGGCCUCGCGGCGAUCCGCGUUGUCGUCGAAUUCCAACCCUAAACUCUUCUCCCCUUCCCCUGCAUCCGCCCGCCGCGCAUCUCCUUAUGGCUACCUCCUCACCCGUACCUCUGAGUACGCUACCUCUGCCGCCGCCGCGGCCCCUCCGCAAUCGGCUCCCGUGAAGACCGGUGGAAAGGAUGUAGGUAAGAUCACCGAUGAUUUCACCGGGAAAGGUGCGAUCGGGCAGGUGUGCCAGGUGAUUGGUGCUGUCGUCGAUGUUCGAUUCACUGAGGGUCUGCCUCCGAUCUUGACCGCUCUCGAGGUGUUGGAUCACUCGAUCCGUCUGGUUUUGGAGGUGGCCCAGCAUUUGGGAGAGAAUAUGGUCAGGACCAUUGCUAUGGAUGGUACUGAAGGUUUGGUCAGAGGCCAGCGUGUCCUCAACACUGGUUCUCCCAUAACUGUGCCGGUGGGCAGGGCUACUCUUGGCCGUAUUAUGAAUGUUAUCGGAGAGCCUAUUGAUGAGAAGGGAGACAUCUCUACGGAGCACUUCCUGCCCAUCCAUAGGGAAGCUCCAUCCUUUGUUGAGCAGGCUACUGAGCAGCAAAUUCUUGUCACUGGUAUCAAGGUUGUUGAUCUCCUUGCACCAUACCAGAGGGGAGGAAAGAUUGGGUUGUUCGGUGGUGCUGGUGUGGGGAAAACAGUGCUGAUUAUGGAACUUAUCAACAACGUUGCAAAGGCCCAUGGUGGCUUCUCUGUUUUUGCUGGUGUUGGGGAACGUACCCGUGAGGGUAAUGACUUGUACAGAGAAAUGAUUGAGAGUGGUGUCAUUAAGCUUGGGGACAAGCAGGCUGACAGCAAAUGUGCUCUUGUGUACGGUCAAAUGAAUGAGCCACCUGGUGCUCGUGCACGUGUUGGUCUCACUGGUCUGACUGUUGCAGAGCACUUCCGUGAUGCUGAAGGCCAGGAUGUGCUUCUCUUUGUUGAUAACAUUUUCCGCUUUACUCAGGCCAACUCAGAGGUGUCUGCCUUGCUUGGUCGUAUCCCAUCAGCUGUGGGGUACCAACCAACUCUUGCUACGGAUCUUGGAGGACUCCAAGAGCGUAUUACCACCACCAAGAAGGGUUCCAUUACUUCCGUGCAAGCUAUCUAUGUGCCAGCUGAUGAUUUGACAGAUCCUGCUCCAGCCACCACUUUUGCUCACUUGGAUGCAACCACUGUGUUGUCGCGACAGAUUUCAGAGCUGGGUAUCUAUCCUGCUGUGGACCCACUGGAUUCCACAUCCCGUAUGCUUUCUCCUCACAUUCUAGGAGAAGACCACUACGGAACUGCUCGUGGAGUGCAGAAGGUUCUUCAGAACUACAAAAAUCUUCAGGAUAUUAUUGCCAUUUUGGGUAUGGAUGAGCUCAGUGAAGAUGACAAGUUGACGGUUGCUCGUGCCCGUAAGAUUCAGAGGUUCUUGAGCCAGCCUUUCCAUGUUGCUGAGGUUUUCACGGGUGCCCCUGGCAAGUACGUUGAGCUGAAGGAGAGCAUUGCCAGUUUCCAGGGUGUGUUGGAUGGAAAGUAUGACGACCUCCCAGAACAGUCGUUUUACAUGGUUGGAGGGAUCGAAGAGGUGAUCGCCAAGGCCGAGAAGAUUGCCAAGGAAAAUGCAUAGAGUAAAACAAAGGGCCUCUUUUUCUUCUUUUAGUGUAAGGCGGGUGGAAUCCCAUCUUGAAAACUUGGCUUUUUUAAUCUUUGGCGUUCCCCUGCUCUCUGAUAAUUCCGAAAAUCAAUAAUCUGUGUUUUAGACAGUUGCAAGGGAGUGGAUUCCUUGCCAAAGGAUGAUAUGUUCAAAUUUUUUGAGACUAGAAAAGAUUGCGGAUCACGCUUUUCUGAGUUUAAUUAGGUUUCAGAGGGCCCCGAAUCGGAUGGAGUAGUAUAGACUAUAGAGCCCCCUUCCAGUUCUUUUAUUUUGUUCAAUAAUCUGUUGACGGUGAUGUUAAAAAGCAUGAAACGGGUAGUUGUAUAUCAAAUCGCUGCCCUUGUGAUCUGACCUUACUUUUCUAAAUGGCUUUACUAGUUUCCUUUUCUCAUCAUGGCUGGUUUUUUUUUUUUUUUUUUUUUUUGUAAAUGGGAAGUAACUAUUGGCGAAGGCGGAGUCAUUUAGGGUUGUGCAAUUGUCUAAAUGGUUCCAGCUCAGACAAUUAUGGUUUAAUAGUGAAGGAAAGACAUUUUUUAGGAUCCAUGAUUGUAUCAACAUUGAAUUUGGUUUGGUUAGAUCCCAUUCAAAUUAUCAAUUUGAUUCAUUUUUCUUCCAUACUUAUAAGUUGUCAAAUUGAUCCAUUUUCUUAACCACAUUAUAAUUCUUUCGUUAUCCAAUCCAGACUUUGGUUUGGUCCUGUACAAUUAGAUACAGAUCAAAUCAUUGUACACUUCUACUUGAGAGUAACCACCUCCUUCGUAAAAAUAUGGGAGAACUGGGAGAACUAGAAACACAAAUGACUUUAGUCACUUGAAAAUCUUGGUAUACACAAACUUAAACAAAACAACAGUAGUUCUACGCUAAGGGGCCAUUUAGUAUAGUUUUGUUGCUGUUGUGGUUGCGGUAAAGUUGUGUCAACAAUUCAACAAAUGUACAAUCGCAAAGUAUGAAAAUAAAAAAGAAAAAGAAUAGAUUUAGUUGGUGAUUCUGAGAAAUCAUAGAAGUUAACAACCAUAAAUAGAAUCGCAUUGAGUUAUUUAUGUAUGCCCCUUUAGUAUCAAUAUUGAGACUAAGACAAAAGUAGAAAAAUAAUGUGAGGAAUAGUGUGGCAUGACAAGCUAUAAGAAAACUGAGAGAGAAAUAUGAAAAUAAUAUUGGCAAUAAUGUUUCAAGGAUGAACUAUGAGAAAAUGUAGAGAGAGAAAGGUAGAAAGUGGGUCUACUAAGUUUUGGUCAUAGAAUAUUUUGAAUGAAACUAUUCCAACAACUUAUAAAAUUUCAUAAGAAACAUAUUUUGGAAACGCAUGAAAGCUAUUUAAAGUGAUUUCACUGUUUUCAGCUAAUUUUUGUUAUGUUGCUACAACAACAGGUGAAAACAUAAUUAAACAUGUUUCUGUCUCCGUUUUCAUUUGUGAAAAUAGAAUUGGAAAUGAUACUACACAAGUUCCAAGAAAAUGCUACUUAUCAUCUUUGAAGAUGAAAAAAUGUAAAGCAAGAGAGGAACCAAUUUGCGAGCAGGUAAAGUUGAAACAUUGUGCAAGCUUAGUAUCGAAAUAAGAAGAUGGAGCGGUUGACAUCAAUCAAUUCCACGAGGUUGUGGGAUAGGAUAUCGUUGGAACAUCAAGAUCUCCCACCAACUCUUACUAAGGAUUCAAUGGAAUCGUGAAUGAUGAUUAUCACCACCAAGUGAAUGCUUGGAAGAGAGUUCAGCAUAUGGACGAGAGGAAUUUAGUGAGUGGCACAAACCGUAUUGAUGUGGUACUAUUUUGGAAACCUUAAUUUUUCUUUUGUUACUUUUGUGUAUUUUUACUUUUCUCACUCAUACACUAAUAAAUUAAUAAGAAUUUA